GCAAUCAUUGUUGUCUAGAUAUACGACACAAGACCAAUUUGUACAAAUUUUUUGACUGUAUAAAAUUCGUACAAAUCGUUUGCAGAAGAAUAUCAGCUUAAGUUUGCGCCAUCACAUAUUUGUUAUUAUGGCCAAUUCUAAUAAUAUCGACGAACAAGAAUACUGGAUUGAAUUUAUAGAGUUGUACAAAUCGAAACCAGUGCUUUGGAAAUAUGGCAGUGAAAUAUAUAAAGAUCGGAAAGGUAAGAAACGUGCAUAUGUGGAUUUGGUGGAGAAAUUGCGUGAAGUCGAACCAAACGCUGAUGUUGAUAUGGUGAAGAAGAAAAUCAACAGUUUUCGUUCAUGCUAUAGGCGCAAAAUGUUUAACGCACAGGAACAAAUUAAACUUGGCUUACAACCGGAGAUUAAAUGGGUGUAUUACAAACAUUUAAAUUUUUUACGCGAAAUCAACAAUCCAUUAAAUGAGGAUCAGAGUUGGAGACACAGCGAUGAUACCACGUUUACUAAUGUGGAAAACUUGGAGGAAAAUGAUGACGAUGCGCAUCAACAAGUUGUGGAAUAUAUGGCGGAUAAAAGCGAAGGAAACCAUAGAUUAACGUAUUCUACAAGUCCACCAAUAUCGCUAAACGAUUCAAUAGAAGAAACAUCUGAUCAAGCGAAUCGUAGCAAUAACAAAAACAGUUUAAAAGUAAUGCUAAAUGCUAAGAAAUACCAUAAAUUUUGGAUAGAAUUUAUUAAGCUAUAUAGCACAAAACCAGAGUUGUGGAAAGUUAAUAGCGAAAUAUAUAAAGAUCGUGAGGCGAAGAAGUAUGCUUACAUGGUGCUAACUGAAAAAUUGCGUGAAGUUCAACCUGAUGCUACAGCUGAAUUGGUGCGAAAGAAGAUCAACGUAUUUCGUACGUCUUAUAGAAAGGCACAAAAUAAAAUGAAAAGAGCGAUAAGUCUGGGCAGAAAACCAGUGAAUAAUUGGGUAUAUUUCGAUCAUUUUGCCUUUCUACACGAAUCUAAAGAUCCCUUAGUGGAAGAUGACACUUGGAAUGAAGUAGAAGAAGAUAAUGAUUGCAGCAUGAUUGAUAUUACCGAUAAUAGUGUAGAACACAUAGAUUACGAUCCUAUCGUUGAAGAAAUGGAUGCAGUUGUGGAAUUUAGUCCAACUAAAAACUCAACAAAGAUUGAACACGACUCACAACCAUCCAGUGAUGAAAAUAUAACUGUCUCGCAUACUGAAUUAAACAAUCUUAAUCAAGAGAGUGAGACCAAACCAAAAUUCUGGAUAGAAUUCAUUAAGCUAUACAGAUCAAAGCCGGAACUAUGGAAAUAUGGCAGUGCAAUUUAUAAAGACAGCAAAUCCAAGAGGUCUGCUUAUUUGGAAUUGGUGAAAAAACUGCGUGAGAUUUAUCCAAAUGCAGACGUUGGUAUGGUGAAAAGAAAACUCAACAGUUUUCGAUCAAUCUAUAGAAAUAUAUUGAGUAAAAUGAGCAGAGGAGAAAGACUGAACGGAAAACCAGCUGGUCCUCAAUGGAUAUAUUUCAAUCAUCUCUCAUUUUUAAGCGCACAAAAUGAGCCGCUAGACGAGGACGACGAUUGGAAUGAUAAUGAGGAUAAAGAAUACAGGCAAGUUGAUAAUCUGUCUGAGAAUAAUUUGCAAGAUGAUUUUGUGACUGCUGACGAAAAUGAUUUAGUUGUGCAGUUUCUGACAACUAAAGAGAGUACGAAACGCCAAUAUACGCCUUCAACUAGUCACAACGAAAGUGCGCACAAUGAGGGGACAGACAGCUCAUUUAAGAAAUUUAAACAGAACAACGACGAAGCUGACAUUUUAGGCAUAAGUUGGGCAUAUCAAUAUCGUAGUUUAAGUGAAACGCAGAAAAUUUUUGCCAAAAAGGCGAUUGAUGAUGUCUUAUUUGAAGCACGCUUAGAGACAUUACAACGCAAUUCGGUAAAGAUCAAUGAGCGCCAGUGCGAACGUUGUAAACACGCGUAAUUAGAACUUUUUUAUAUAAGAAAAUUCAUAUACUUUGCAUUUUCUUUUAAUUUUUUGAUUGCAAUCUUGCUCAUAAUGAGCCAAUCAUUUACUUUUACUCUUUUACUCAUACUGUUUUGUUAAUGUUGAAGCAAAUAAUUUGUGAAGACAAAAUAUAACGUAAUAGCGUGCUGCUGUUAAAAAUAGUAAGGACAAGCGCAAUUCUAAUUAAAAUUCGUAAUUUUAUUUUCAAAUGAAAUAAUGGAAGCACGUUUGGUUUUGUUUAUUCCAUAUUAAGUAUUUUUGCAAUUCAAGUUUUUUUCUUUUUAUUUUUCAAUGUAUAACAAAAGUAAGAGCCAUAUUUUUCAUAUAUGUGCUGUACAAUAAUUUAUAAAAGUGUGAACAUUUCAACUGUUUGUAUUUUCUUCGCACUGGUAACGGUGAUUUGAAGUUGUUUUGAAGUUAAUGGUUUUAAAGUUAAGCAUUAAAAUAAUAGUAAUUAGAAUAAAGGCACAUUAACAGUGAUUUAAAAAAGAAAACAAAA